UAUUAAAGGUGCGCCCGCCUGAAAGCGUAGAGAGCGUAAAGUGGCCGUGAAGAGACCUAUGAAGUCACAGUAAUAGAGAACUAUAAAAUGACAACGCUUCAAUAUUUGGGAAUAUCAGUACUUUUCAUCAUCGAUCUGUUGGGAGCUGUGAAUGCUGAAGUCAAUACAUUGACAGGGAGAGAGAGGCAGUCUGUCACUCUACACACUGGACUAACUGGACUACAGGCUGAUAAGAUAUUUUGGUUCUUUGGUCCAGUCAUUCCAAACACCUCAAUAGUUGAGAGUCAGGUCAUCAGAGGAGAGAACAUCACAGAAUUCAAAGGAAGAUUCCGAGAGAAACUGCAGCUGGACAGAGAAACUGGAUCUCUCACCAUCAGAAAUCUCACCCUCAACAACUCUGGAGUUUAUCAGCUAGACUUUUUCAAUACACACAAAACAUCUCAGAGAUUCUAUCUAACUGUCUAUGCUCCAGUACCACUUCCUCAAGUCAGAAAAAUCCCUGAAGGUGAUUUUCUGGACAGUUCAUCAGAGAAGGGGAGCUGUUCAGUGGUGUGUUCUGUGGAGAACCGGAGAGACAUGACCCUGUCCUGGUACAGAGGAGAGAAGAGACUCAACCAGACCAGCAGCCCUGACCUCUCCACCAACCUGUCUCUCCAUCUGGAGAUAAAGCUACCGGACAACAAUAUCUACAGCUGUGUGGCUGCCAACCCAGUCGGCAACCAGACAACCAAACUCAACAUUGAAACACUCUGCCUUCAGUUUGUAGGGAGUCCAGAAGAGGAGGACUCUGUGGUGUAG